GCUCUUCUACAUUGUCUGAACACUCGAAGAAAAAAAAAAAAAAAAAAAGACAUGGCAACCACAGAGGUAAAACCCUCCGCCGCUAAAAACCCUAAAAAGACUCGGAACCCAUCCCUGGGUCCGAAGAAAGAUCUGAAGAAGAAGAAGAAUAAGACUAAGAAGUCAAAAGCCCUCGCCUUUGACAACACGGUCGAAAGAAACGACCAGAGCGACGGCGAGGAACAACAACCUGUAUCGGCUUCUGAACAGCUAAGCUUCUUCUUAAAGCAGCUUGAUUCCGCCAUUGGUGUCCGUGUCUCUCCUUUAGAGCUUGAUCCCAUUAAAGACAAGUGUGUAGUUGAGUUAUCUCAAAAGUUGGAUCAGAAUGUAAGCAACUUGGGAGAGCAUAUUAAGAUGGCUUAUGGAUCUUCCUGGAGAGAGACUCUUUGCGAAGGAGAGGCUAUUGAAGGGAAAGUCGAUCCCGGAAACCCAUCUGUUCUCGUUGUUAGCUCCUCUGCUCUGAGAUCUUUGGAACUUAUAAGGGGUUUGCAUUCACUUACUAAGCAGUGUCCAGCUUUGAAGUUGUUCUCAAAGCAUUUGAAGGUUGAGGAACAGGUGUCUCUGUUGAAAAAACGAGUUAAUAUUGGGAGCGGCACACCGAGCAGAAUAAAAAAGCUGAUCGACAUAGAGGCAUUAGGGCUUUCACGUUUAGAUAUGAUUGUGCUUGACAUGGACACAGAUGUCAAGGGAUUUUCCUUAUUCACUUUGCCCCAAGUCAGAGAUGAGUUUUGGGAUUUGUAUAAGACAUGCUUCCACCGGAGAGUGCUAGAAGGAAGUCUACGUAUCUGUCUGUAUGGUCCAAAGCCAUCAGCUCCAAAGCUUAAGAACAAUAAGAAACAGAGACAAAACGAGCAUUGAGCAAUGGCAGAUUCUACUCCAAUUUUGAUAUAUUUAACUCGUUUUGCUAUGUGAUUCGUCUUUCUACCAUACGAAGUGAAUUUAUUGUUAAUUAGUGUUCUUGUGAGAAAUACAGUGUUCUGUUAAUUAGUGUUCUUUUGGCCUAAA